AUUCGCGGCGGGAGGUGACAAUUUUUUUUUUGCCGUACCAGAAAUGAGUCUUGCAGAUUCGGAUUCGGGUGGUAGCAUCAGGGAUGCCAGGUGUUGAGGAGUAAAAAUCUGGGCAAUUUUGAAAAAAAGUCUGUGUGUGUCUGUGCAUAGGGAAGAUCACAAAUUUGGUACUAAACAAGAAAUUUGUCGAUGCGUGUGAGGAGAGGGGGGGUAGACUCCUGUGGUUAUCCUGUGGUAUUCGGGUUAUUUUCGAGUAGAGAACUAUAUAACAAACACUGUUUCCUUCCACGUACCAUGCCGAUCUUAUUUUAAAAAAUAACUGUUUAAUGAAUGAUUGGUCAAAUACCAAAGAAUACAAGCGAGAUUUCAGUCUAAUCUGGCACUUACGGAUAAAAUCCGAUGCAUGAAUAUUGAUUUCAUCACUCAAUUUUGAAAACCUGUAAAAUCUGUGCACUCUCAGCAAAAAUCUGGGCAAAAUCUGUGUCUGGCCAAUAUCUGGACGAAGGGUCAAAAGUCUUGGUUUUACAGACAAAUCUGGGCACCUGGCAACCCAGGGUAGCAUGCGGGAAGCAGACGGAAGAAAUACUGGAGCAGUUAGAGGUUCAAGAAUGAUUUCUCCGGAACAAAAUUCCUCUUCAUCGACUUCUGAAUCGUCAGCUCCGGCCAUCAUCGGAACAACCACAGACUACUCGCCGAACCCAAAGCCACCGCUAGCACUCGAAAAGGAUACGAACAGCACAGCCAACAGCUACAUUCCAGCAGUCACAGUUACUGUACUCGAGAAUUUCCAGCCCGCUCAGCUGACUUCGAUUUGCCCAUCUGUUGGCCCCGUAGAAUCGACCGUGACUGCAACCGUUCAUCAAGCUUCACUACCGGCUGCGGCCAUCAUUAUUGGAAGGCAAGUUUCCGGUAAUUUUACCGAAGGCAACAUGCCAUACAGUGGCAACGGGGGAUCCGGUUUCCGUAGCUCCUUUAAUGGACGCGUUCCAUUCGCUCGUAUGCUUUCCAGCAACCCUAGCAGUGAUCGGCGCUCCGGGAAUGCCGGUGCUGAAAUCUAUCCUAUUUCGGCAUCUUCGUCGAUUGCCAGCUAGUGGAUCCAAAAUAAUCCAACUGAAGAAGAAGGUUUUGGUGCAGCUCGCGCUUAGGUGAUUUUAACUACCAUCACCAAUCAUCAUUUCCAGAAUCACCAGCCACGGUUCUCGAAUAAUCAUGGUUAUGAUGGUUAUUUUAUGGAGGUGAUGGAGGUUUAAG